ACACACACACACACACACACACACCGGUGAGAUGAGCGCCACGUAUCUGACCCAGUACCUGGCCACCUUUGAGGUGAUUCCUGGGGAUGUGCAGCGGCAUCUCUCGCUGAUCCGUCAACAAGACAUGGACAUUCAAGGUGUCUUGCGUGAGGUCGAAUCCUUGAAGCAGAAGCUCAGUGAGCCAACCACCAUCGCCAAAUUCCAGGGUUGCGUGCAACGGUUGAAGGAGCUCAACGCAAGCAAGCAAGUGAUCAUCGAUGACAUCCAGGAACUCCUUGACCAACACAACAAGCUGCUGCAACAAGAGAAACAAAAAUAUCUCUCAGGCAACUACGCAAAACCGCGGGAGGAGAACGGGCCUCGCGCGUCGACAACUCAGGGAAGCAGCAGUGGCGCCAGCGGAACAUCAGCAAAGCGGCGGGCGCGGCAGGAAUCGCGACGGUCAAAGCAGGGCAAGACCAAGGACACAGCAAGCAGCAGCACCGGCAACGCAGCACCGGCAACGGCAGCAGCAAGCAGCUCACGUGCGUCUGCGAGUGGCGGGGCGGCGUCAUCGUCCGGUGGCGGCGCGAACAAGACGGCAGCCGUCCCGGCGCCAGCAGUGGAGACAAGCGCGCCCACGCCGGCAGCACAGGCAGAGGCAAAGAAACGCAGCAGCAAGAAGGCCUCCAGGAAAUCGCGGAAGAAAGAGAAGGAGCAGGAGCAGCACUACUGCGUGCCCAACUGCACGGAGACCACGGGCGAUAUGGUGGCCUGCGACAACGAUGACUGCCCCGGGGAAUGGUUCCACUACCAGUGCGUCGGCCUCACCGCGGCCCCAACGUCAAAGAAGUGGUUCUGUCCCGAGUGCCGACCAAGCAUGGAGCGGCGCAGAUGAGUUGCUGUCGAUCCAUUGUACUCGACCCAUUCCUCUUCCUCCUUCUCUCUCCCAUCUUCCAUCGCCUCUCGUCUCGUUGCCCUUCGUUUCUCUUUCUCUUGCUUGUCCUCGCUUCCUUGCGUGCUCCACGUCCUCCUUCAUUCCUCUUCUUCCGCCGGGCUGAUGUACAGCACUGGAUAAUGUGUGACGUGGUUUGUUGUGUGCUCAUGUGAAUAAACGAUGCCAG